AUGCUUUUGAAAGUAUGGUAAGAAUUGGAUUGACGUAAAUGCGCAGAAUCCUAUAGAAACAAUUUCCGGAUGACGCAUUUUCUGUAAUUUCCAAAGAUUUUUGGCGCGCCGAAAAUAUUUUGAUUCCUCAACGAAAAAUUUUUUUGCAAAAUUUGGAAGGAGGUGUUUUGCAGGUUUUGGGAGUGGAGAGAAUAGUUUUUAUGACUAAAUUCGUAUUUUUCUACCAUUUUUUAUGCAAUGUUCAACAGCUCAUUUUCCAUCUUAAACAAUAUAUAUUUCAUGCUUUUUGAAACAUUUUGGAUAUAAGCCGCCUUUUUAAUUACUUAUUUUUAUAUUCGCGUGUUUUGCGACUAAAUAAGGUUCAAGUUACGUUAGUUUUAUAUUUUUUUUAGUUUGGGGAUGAGCCAGGAUAUUCGUAAUUUCUUUACCCCAAAAGGAAAGUCUUCUGCGACUCCGAAACAGCAAGUCCGCACUGCUAUAACCGAUGAAAAAGAGAAACCAAUAACGCCAACUAGGCCCGCUCAAAAGGAACCGAAGAGGAAAAGAAAAGUUAUUAUAUCUGACAGUGAAUCCGAAGAAGAAGAUGCAGAAGCUCUUUUCGAUAAGAAGUAUCAGAAAUCUCAUAAAGUGAAAAAUGUGGUCAAGAAAAACGAAACAACAAGCAGUAGUGCGAAGAGUAUGGCGAAGAAGAGUCGGGUCGUCAUUGAGUCAGGUAAACAUAAGUCGUUAUUUAAAAUUUAGAUAUAAUUCAGAAAAGAAAUUAGAACUUACACUUACUAUUCUUCGUUUAGAUUCCGAGUCUAACAUAACAGAAGAACCUCCGAAGAAGAUCCAAAAGAAACCAGCCGGAGGAUUGAUUGCCAAACCGGCAGUGAAACCAGUAACUAAAGAAGUCUCCCAGCCAAAGAAAAUCUCUCCAAAACCAUUAAGACCUAUUAAGGAUGUUGUCACAAUAUCCGAUUCUCCUGUCAAGAAGGUUUGUGCUUACUAGUUACGUUAUUCUUGAUUUAGAGUCCAAAGAAGGUUGAAAAACGCCCACCGAAGGUAAAUACAGCAGAAUCUCUGAAUCUGCCUCCGUUGAAUAUGAUCGGAGGGCAUAAGCUGGAACAAUGGGUAGAUAAAUACAAACCAACCGAGAUAAAUAAGGUCGUCGGGCAGCAAACUGGGCAGUCGAUGGCACAGAAACUGCUCAAAUGGCUGAGGGAUUGGCCUAAACACAAUCUAGGGGCUGCUGGAGCCGUGAAGAAGUCUAAACCUCCAGGUUGGUUUAUUUUUGGAUCAACAUAGACCUCAAGUUUGUUGUGCAUCGCUAAAAAUUUUACUGUUUUAGGGUUCAGUCAAGGAGAUGGAAGUGCCUUCAAGUCGGCCUUGAUCUCCGGACCUCCGGGCAUUGGGAAGACUACUAUGGCCAUCCUUGCUUGUCAAGAAUUGGGAUUGAAGUAUAAAGAAAUGAACGCUUCUUUGGCCAGGAACAAGAAACAACUUGAACAACAUGUCCAGGAAUUCACUCACUCCAAACAUAUGACCAACUUCUAUGGCGUCAAGUCGACGAAACCGGCAGUUCAAUCUGGCGGGUAUAAAGUGGAAGGGGUUUUGAUUAUGGAUGAGGUUGAUGGAAUGAGUGGAAAUCAAGAUCGCGCUGGUGUAUGUUUAUUUAAUGUUUUUGUUUUUGAAAUUUAGAUAUGAAUCCAAAGUGUUCGCUAAACAACGUUAAUAUUUUAGAUUGCCGAACUCAUCCAGAUGAUCAAGAAAUCCGAGAUCCCAAUAAUUUGCAUCUGCAACGAUCGCCAGAGUCAGAAGAUUCGAUCUCUGGCCAAUCAUUGCUUUGAUCUUCGUGUGCCAAAGCCCAGAAAGGAACAAAUCAUGGCCUGUCUGCUGGCAAUUGCUGCCAAAGAGAAGCUGAAAGUGGACAAAACAUCAGUCGAAAAGAUUGUAAUUGCAGCGAAUCAGGAUGUCCGCCAGUCCAUUUACUCCUUGCAAUUACUGGCUGCUGGACAGAAGGGCACUUUGCAUAUUGACGCGAAGAAUGUGGAGUUGAACAUCUUCGAGGCCGCUCAUCAAUUGUUCAGCAAGGACACGGAUCUGAGGAGGAAAAGGGAACUUUUCUUCAGCGAUUACUCCAUGAUGCCGUUGUUUGUUCAGGAGAAUUAUUUGGCUGUCAGAUCAACCGAAUUCGAGUCAGUUUUGCAUUUUUUUAUAUACUUGGAGUUUAGGUUUUUCAAAGGGCAUUUUUGUAAGCCAAUUUGAAUCGGCUAUUACGUUUUUAGUUUUUGGCCAACUGUUUGUAAUACUGCUUGUAAUUGCAUUUCCAUUCUAGUCGAUCGGAACAAUUAGCAGCAAUGGCCAAGGCAGCAAGUUGUAUCGCCUACGGCGAUCAGAUGUCCAAGUUCAUCCGGCAAUCCCAGAAUUGGUCUCUUCUCCCCGCUCAGGGUACAGUAGGAUGUGCUCUUCCCCCAUUGUUCCUUGGCGCCGGGAAAGGCGCCCAAGUUGAUGGAUAUUUGACUAGCCAGUUGGGAUUCCCGGCCUGGUUUGGAAAGAAUUCAACCAUGAAAAAGAGACAUCGCCUGGUCAAGGAACUGCAAGAUCACAUGGGAUUACGGUAGGUUUAUUUUUUGACUUUGUCGUUUCGGAUCGGAUGUUUUUUUAACCAAAUCGAAUUUGAUGUGUGUUUCAGAAUGUCCGGCCCGGUCCACUCAAUCGCCACUGAUUAUGUCCCCGUCCUCCGAAAUCGAUUAUUACAACCGCUGGCUGAUUCUCAAGCUGAUGGCAUACCGUAAGAUUAUAUUUUUUUUCUAUUGAAUCGAUCUUUAGAGAGGUCGUCGAAACAUAUCAUGCGUAUGAUCUGGUCAAAGAUGAUAUGGAAGCCAUCAACGAAAUCGGUCUCUGGGAUCCUAAUAAGGACAUUGCCAAGAAAAUAGAGACUAAAACGAAGGCCGCGUUGACAAGGGCGUUGAAUAAAGAUCCUCAGAAACAUCAUUACACUACCAAGAAUGAUGUUGUCAUACCCACCAGAACCAAGGGAAAUAAGAGAGCCGCUGCUACUGCUGCUUCUGCCAAAUUACAAAAUGCAAUUAACGAGAAAGAGGGAUCAGAUGAGGAAGAAGUUGAGGAAGAGAAUGCAGAGGUCGAGGCCGAAUUAUUCGACGCUUUUUGA